UAUAAAAGACAGUGGAGAGGCUUGAGAGAGUCUGGUGUGUGGGCUUACCUUGUGCUCCUCAUCUGUUGUGAGGGAGACUUGUGGCUUGAUCUUGGGCCGCCAUGGGGCGAGUGAAUGUGGCCAAGUUACGUUACAUGAGCCGGGAUGACUUCAGGGUUCUGACCGCGGUUGAAAUGGGCAUGAAGAACCAUGAAAUAGUUCCCUGCAGUUUGGUUGCUUCUAUAGCCAGCCUUAAACAUGGUGGCUGUAAUAAAGUUUUAAGAGAAUUAGUGAAACAUAAACUCAUAGCUUGGGAGCGUACCAAAACUGUCCAGGGCUAUCGGUUGACAAAUGCAGGAUAUGAUUACCUAGCUUUGAAAACACUUUCUUCUAGACAGGUAGUUGAAUCUGUUGGAAACCAGAUAGGUGUUGGCAAAGAAUCUGAUAUUUACGUUGUUGCAAAUGAAGAAGGGCAGCAAUUUGCAUUAAAGCUUCAUAGGCUGGGACGAACCUCCUUUCGAAAUCUGAAAAACAAGCGUGAUUAUCAUAAACACAGGCAUAACAUGUCUUGGCUUUAUUUAUCUCGUCUCUCUGCCAUGAAAGAAUUUGCUUACAUGAAGUCAUUGUAUGAGAGGAAAUUUCCAGUCCCAAAACCGAUUGAUUAUAAUCGCCAUGCAGUGGUAAUGGAACUCGUAAGUGGCUAUCCUCUAUGUCAGAUACACCAUGUUGAAGACCCUGCAUCUGUAUAUGAUGAAGCUAUGGACCUAAUUGUCAAACUUGCAAAUCAUGGACUGAUUCAUGGAGAUUUCAAUGAAUUCAAUCUCAUUUUGGAUAAAGAUGACCACAUCACCAUGAUUGAUUUUCCACAGAUGGUUUCAACUUCUCAUCACAAUGCUGAAUGGUAUUUUGACAGAGAUGUUAAAUGCAUUAGAGAUUUCUUCAUGAAACGUUUCAGCUAUGAAAGUGAGCUUUACCCAACCUUUAGUGAUAUCAGGAGGGAGGACUCUCUUGAUGUAGAGGUUUCUGCCAGCGGCUACACAAAGGAAAUGCAGACAGAUGAUGAAUUGCUUCAUCCAUUAGGUCCAGAUGAUGAAAAUACUGAAACAGAAGACGGAUCUGAAUUCUCACCUUCUGAUGAAGAGUUGUCAGAAAAAGCAAAGUUUCAUAAAUCAAAAAAUCAAAGUGAUCAGAAGUCUGCAGAUGAAUCCGCUGACUACUGUUGCAUAUCAUCUGGACACCUUGAACAAAUAAAGGGAGAGGAUUCGUCAGAGGAGAGUGCUGAUGCACAAAAUUUUGAAUUACCUGAAUUCAGUCAAGCUUUAGAAGAAAUAAAAGGCCAAGUUAUUGACAACAGUUCUGUAACUGAAUGUUCUGAGGAGACAGACAAAAUUGAAAAUGACACUAGGCAAAAUGGUAAACCAGGUCAAGGAGGAAUCCCCAUGAGCUCUGAAGACUAUGAAGAUGCAUGCCCUCAUCUGAUUGCCUUGUCGUCAGUAAACAAAGAAUCCAGGUGUUUCAGAGAUGAAGAAAGUAUGGAAGAUACUAAACAGUACAGAACAAGAACUCUGAGUGUUACUUCUGUGGGCAGUGUUUUAAGCUGUUCAACAAUUCCUCCGGAAUUGGUGAAGCAGAAGGUGAAACGUCAGUUGACAAAACAGCAAAAAUCAGCUGCCAGACGUCGAUUACAGAAAGGAGAAGCAAAUAUAUUUACAAAACAACGGAGAGAAAACAUGCAAAAUAUUAAGUCAAGCUUGGAAGCAGCUAACUUUUGGGGAGAGUAAUAUAUUUAAGAUUUUGAAUGUUUUCCAGAACAUUAGUAUGAUCCCCUUUUAAGCCAUCUUUAGUCUUUUCUAGACCAAGGCAGAUACAUAAAUAGAUAAAUAAACUCUCUUUCAUAUAUUAA